ACCUCACGAGAGUCAUAAACAAACAUAACAGAAUCAGAAAGCCUAGUAAGAUCAUGAGAUCUUUCGUUCAAUUUUUCAUAACUCUAGUAAGUUAAGUCAUAAGUUUGUCUGUAAAAACCUUGAGACUCAUCUUUAGAAUGAUAAGUCCUGACAAUCAUUGCCAAAAGGUUGAGUUCUGGUGGCCGGCGAAUGGUGCGUGGUACGGAGAGCAGACCUGUAAACAACAUUAUCUUUGAAAACCCCUUUGUGAAUUAUCAAUCAAGGCGCUGAAAAACUACAUUAUCUGCUGCUCAGAGAUUAAUUGGCGACUWAAUCCGCGAGGAAUCCAUUACGUUGGCUACAGGAUUAUAAAUUGAUGUAGUUCUCUGGCUGGACGCCAUUGAUAACGGAAAUAUCAUUUUAGAAACAUCUGGAAGAACUACGACGUGAAUAAUGACCUYCUCAAGGACUACGGCCAAAUAUCCCGUAUCAWUAAGGAUAUUUUAUUCAACAAAGUUGCCAAGUCAUCUUUUGGUUUGUUAUGUUUUACUUUUUUUCCUGYCACAAGUCACGGCUGUAUCAAGUGAGAGUUCGCUGCAGACUGGGAUCACCCCGUUAUACCCAGCAGUACCGAGCACGCGCGACAAAGAAGCGACUUUCCCGCCAAGCAAUCWAGUCGACAUUACUCUCGGUGGCCUAUUUCCGGUACACAACAGAAAAAGCAACAUAUUUGGCCAAUCAUGCGGCAGUAUUGACAAUGAACGAGGGAUACAUCGACUGGAAGCCAUGUUAUAUGCUAUUAAYGAAGUUAAUAAGAACUUAAGUAUCCUGCCAAAUAUUACCCUCGGAGCCGAAGCUCAUGACACAUGUGGACAGGACACGAUUGCAUUAGAGGAAUCUCUAGAAUUUGUCACUGAGGCACUUAUAAGCCGUAAUCCUAACAAAUGCUUGGAAUCUUCGUCAAGUAAUUCAUCUCAUUUGAUUGCUGGUGUGAUAGGAGCUGCGUCGAGUACUGUUUCAAUUCAGGUAGCUAACCUUCUUAGACUGUUUAAACUACCGCAAGUAAGCUAUGCAUCUACGAGUCCUGACUURAGUAACAAGUAUAAGUAUGACUAUUUCGUGCGYACAGUUCCUCCUGACACGUACCAGGCACGUGCUAUGAUUGACGUCAUUUCCACCUUAAACUGGAGCUCAGUCUACACGRUUCGUUCCUAUGGUAACUAUGCCGAGAGGGGAAUGGAAAAGUUCCUAAGCCUUGCUAAAGAUUGGGACAUCUGCGUCGUGUCGUCCUCUCGUAUMUCUGAKAAUGCAAAGCCAGAAGAUUUUGAUCUUAUUAUCAGCGACAUCUUAAAAGAGGAGCAUUCUAAGGGAGUUGUUUUGUUUUGUAACGACAACGACAUYAAUAAUCUUCUUGCAGCAACMGCUCGUGCAAAGGCUGCUGGGAAAUUUGCGUGGAUCGGAAGUGAUUUCUGGGGAACGCGGCAAAGUCCUGUUGAAAACUACGAAAAAGAAGCUGAAGGAGCGAUUACUGUUAGUUUAAAAUCAACCGAAAUUCCAAGAUUCAAAGACUACCUGUUAAACCUAGAUCCCAUUAAACACUCRCUCAUCAAUCCUUGGUUUAAAGAAUUCUGGGAAACACAGUUCCAGUGUAGUUUCCAUAGCAAUUCAAGUAAUUGUCAAAAUAAAUCCUUACCUCGUGAUAUCAACAUUGAUGACAAAGUUCCGUUUGUAAUCGACGCCGUGUUUGCMUUUGCGCAUGCUUUACAUCGUAUGUACGCUGACUUAUGCCCAAAGAUGGAAGGAAUUUGUCCUUCAAUGAAAAAWGCGCUAAUUGGCUCAAAGUUAAUGGAAUUKCUUCGGAAUGUGUCGUUCUCUGGAGUCAGUGGUAAUAACGUUCAUUUCGACAAAAACGGUGACUCGCCGGGACAUUAUGAAAUCUUUAACUUUAGCGGUGGCAGCUACGUCAAGAUAGSUUCCUWUGAUAAUAAUAAUUUGCACAUUAACUCACACUGGAAUAACACAGUGAAUUCUUUCUGUGGUCGAACAUGUAAAGCAGGUUAUUACCGACGAUUGACUACAGAGAGAUCAUGCUGCUGGACUUGUGAACCUUGCGGAGAUAAUGAAUACGUCAAAGACAAUCUYGAWUGCGUGGCAUGUCGAAAAGGAGAGACCCCUAACUUCAACAAAACUGGUUGCCGACCGCUUGACCUUCGCUAUAUUGAAGAAAGUUGGACAGUCAUGAUCACGUGCUUUGCUGGUCUCGGUAUAGUGGUCACGUGCCUUGUCAUGACAGUUUUUAUCAAGUUCAGCGAUACACCACUCAUCAAGGCUUCGGGUCGUGAAYUGACGUUUACGCUUCUAUUUGGGCUAYUGCUUUGCUAUGCUGUAGGGAUUUCKCUUGUGCUUCAYCCAUCGAYKGCUGUGUGUUGCAUACAGAGAUUAGGCUUUGGUCUUUGUAUAUGCACGUGUUACUCCGCCCUCCUCAUCAAGACAAUCCGCAUCGCCAGAAUUUUCGCUAAAAGCGAGCGCUCUACGAAACCACCCGGAUUUAUCAACCCWGUGUCUCAGAUUUUAAUCUUUGCAGCCGUUGUAGGGAUCGAAUUAGUCCUUGCUGGAAUCGGCAUUGGUAAAUGGCCACCAGAGCCAACCCGAAUGUACCCGACAAAAACUGACGUGUUAUUGACAUGCAAUAUUCAAAACUACGAYCUCAUUGUAGCCAUGUCGUAYAACAUUUUGCUGAUUAUUUUAUGCACUAUUUACGCGUUUAAAACGCGCAAAACUCCCGCCAAUUUUAACGARGCGCGUUACAUCGGUUUUGCRAUGUACACUACAUGUGUUAUAUGGCUGACAUUUUUGCCAGUCCAGUACGGCUUCAACGACAAAGAUUACAAAGUAAUUACUCUUAGUGUAAACAUAACUCUUAACGCCACAACACUUUUAUUGUGUAUCUUUGGACCUAAGGUUUACAUUGUAUUAUUGAGGCCGACGAGAAACAACAGAAGCAGAUCUUUUACUCCYUGGCGCUUAGAAUACGGUUUAAAACAAGGGCGUAUCAAGUCUGACAGCGAAUCGACGCACGUUGAGGUUGGUGUUGACAAUCCAGUGCCCGUUGUUAGCAAYCAUGGUAGUGCUGAAAAUAGCAACAACRUCCACGAGUCAUCAAUUURAUAGCAUUGCAGUAAAUCUGUCAACCCUCUUGGGAGGGGUACUAGUCAACACAGGAAGUCCAAAACUUAAAAUGAUCCUUUAGAAUCUCUAUUUAAUCUUACGACAAUCGAUUGAUUAGAUUCAACAAAAAUAAUAAUAAUAAUAAUAAAAAAAGAAAUUGACAACGUUAACAAAAUGGCAUGUUUUUACAAACAAGGGUUUUUCACCUGAUUUUCUUCAAUUAGAUUAUUUAAAAGCAUCAACUGCUUAGACCUGUUGAAUUGCUUGCCUGGUAAUUUAUAGACAAAACAUUGAAUACUAUAUUACUAUGCUCCCAGGUAGCUUAAGUACAAAGUUAGCUGAGCCUUUGCAUCAAAGCGAGAUAGUGGGUACAGCUUGAAAAUAGAUAACUGUAAAGAAUUGUCCUAUAGGUGUGAAAAAAAGGAUCUAUCACUUCUAUGUUGGUUAGAUGCAAAACUAAUUUUGAAGAUAACA